AUGCACCUCGCCGUCUCGGCCGUCUCCUCCGCGGGCGUCUCGCCCAUCGUGCGCGUCCCGGCCUCGGAGCACUGGCAGCUCAAGCGCGCCCUCGACGCCGGCUGCCACGCCGUCAUGGUGCCCAUGUGCGAGACGCCCGAGCAGGCCGAGGCCGUCGUGCGCGCCUGCAAGUAUCCCGGCCCCCGGUGGCCAAGGGGGAAUCGGGGCGCGGGCGCCAUGUUUGCGCACCACGCUUUCGACGGGAGACCGGGGCCCAGGGAGUACUACAUGGGCGCGAAUGAUGGGGUCAUGGUGUGCGUGCAGAUCGAGUCGCGGACGGCGGUGGAGAAUAUCGAGGCGAUUGCCAGCGUGCAAGGGUUGGACAUGUUGUUUGUGGGGCCGAAUGAUCUGGCGAGCUCGAUGGGGUUUGUGGCGUUUGAUCAUGCCAAGACGCCGGAGGUGCAGGAGGCGAUUGCGAAGGUGUUGAGGGUCGGAAAGGAGAAGGGGAAGUUUGUGGGGCAUUUUGCGCUGAGUGCUGAGGAGGCUGGGUCCAGGUGGGAGCAGGGGUGGGAGUUUGUGAAUUGUGGUGCGGAUCUGGUGGCGGUCAUGGCGUGGAUGGGUGGGGAGAUGGGGAGGUUGAAGGGGAUGGUGGAGAAGGGGAGGGGGGCGUGA